AUGAGUAGACAACGGCUGAAGCGCAGGAAACUGAAACCAAAACCUCUCCUUCAACCUUUGAUGGUAGGUCAUGUCUUACACCUACGAAGGAGGGUUCCGUGCACCUUUUCAAUAAAAUGCCGACAUUAUGUUGGAACCACGAAUCAAGUCAUGACAAUCUCAAACCCACUAGGUAGCAAUGUCAUUUUGACCUAUUGUGCUCGUUUUGUGAACGUUCCCUCUCACUCGAAGUCCCUAAAGCGCGCGAGACAAACAACGUCCGAGUUUCAUAGGAUUCAACGUGAGCUAGACAUUGCCAGGCGUCGUGGUGGUCGGCAACAUAUAAACAAUUACCCAGUUAGGGGCGAGCAGCAUGAGCUAGAUCAUGAACUCUCCAUAAUUGGUGGAAGACAGGCAUAUCAGGAGGCCUCACUCUUGACCACAGGCAGGCACCGUACUUGCAAAUGGGUGUUUUCGAUCAUAACAAAAUUGGGACUUCGCCCAAAGAAGAGUCAGAGCCCUCUUGAAGUACUUGAAGUUGGAGCAGUGAACACGCAGCUCUUAUCUGUUCCCUGGUUAUCCGUCCGCGCAAUAGACAUUAAAGUAAGCUGUUUAUCUCAGAUAAUUCUUCAGAUAUUUUACUCAACAACGGCCGUACUUUAUGCAGGCACAACACCCACAGAUAGAACAAUUUGUGAUGUCUAUGGAAUGAUAACACUUGAACAACUCGCUCUUCUCCUGCUAAACAUUAUUUCCCAGGUACUGAACUGCAUACCUUCGCCACACAAAAGAGGACAGAUGCUUGCACUAGCACAAAGACAUCUACGACCUAGAGGUCUUUUGUUUCUGAUGGUAUGGCGUGCCUUGUGACGUGUAAUAUGCUUCAGCGUAUAUACACAUAUUGCGUCUGUUCUUCAAAACGAUUAUUCGAUACUACCGAUAUUUAACUCUACCUCGAGUUACUAAUAACAUACAUUCCUGAAUACUGCAAUUCAGAUCCCUCGAAGUUGUAUGGAAAAUUCCACCUAUUACUCUUUUGACACGCUAACAUUUUGUCUGGCAAAUAUAGGAAUGACGGCAAGAAAAUGCCGAUGAUACUCGUGUCCGCGAUCUGAUAAUCCUUCAUGUAAAUGAUGUGGCAUUUGCUUGUUUGGUUCGUCCCCUGCCACCAGCCUAAACCCGAAGCUUUCCCCAAAAGUCGCGUUCUUUUGUGCUCAACGUGAGAGCACUGACUUGAAGUGCAGUUAAACUGAGUAAAGUGCUUCGUAGAUAUUCUUUGGUCAAACUCAUUAGCUGUCUUUGCGAGAUUUUUUGAAGCUUUUAACCCCCUCAAUAUAACAUCGUGCUGAACUUCAUGUAUUUAAGCUGGAAAUCUACCUAAAAUCAUUUCAAAACUUUAAGAAAUACGUAACAAAUGUUGAGAGCGCCAGCAACGCAGUG